UCGGGAACAGAACUAUUUGAAAAAUGUAAACAAUAAUAUCAAAGAGCGGCAUAAUAUUAAAUCUUACAAAGUUAAACAAAUUACUACGGAUUUCACUCUUUUUUCAAUGCAGAUAGGUUUUUUAUAUGGUCUUCAUAAUAUCUCAAGUUAAUUUAAGUGAAAUGAAUUCGUUUAAUGGAAUUGACAGCAAAAGCAAUAUCGAUUUUCAAUCGGUAUCAAACUGUAGUUCAAAUGGUGAAGAUCAAAAGGAGUAUUGUCCGAUCUUGGAGGGAAACUUUGAAAUAGAGCAGUUAAGUUUUAUAGAUCUUACUCAAGAUGAAUGUAUUUCCCCAGUUAAAAAACAAAACUCAACAACAAGUCCUUCUGAUAUAAAAAAGAAUAAAAGAAUUUUCAAAAGAAAAAAUGCAAUGUUAAGUAAACCAGACAACAACUCGAUUAGUCCAUCAACCUUUGUAAAGAAAUCAAACGGAACAAAUUUGAAACAAACACAAUUGAAUACUUUCUUUUGUUCAGCCAAAAAAUUGCCGCGACGUAGUGAAGUUUCCCAAUCGAACAAAAUAUACUCACAGUUUAAAAAUAACGAUCACGCUAUGAAACCAAAGAUUGUUGAUUUAUGUGAAUGUUUGAAUAUGAAAACAAACAACAUUGCAAUCAAAACACUAACGGAAUGUUUAGGAUGUAAAGAAAUGGAUAAUCAAAGUUUUCAAACAAUUACGUGCGAUAAAGAAAUUGACAUCAACAUAAAUUUAGAAUACAGUAAAAAGGAAAAAUUACAAACGUUGUUGAAAGAAGAAAUUGUUGACUUGUGUUUAGAUUCAAGUUCAGAAGUGGAAGACAUUGAAAAGGAUAAGAGAAAAACCCACAGAAAAACGAAAAAAAGGUCUAACAAAAAAUUGUCGAAACUUAUCAAGGAAACUGAAUCCAGGUUUAGUGAUGAAACACAUACAGCUUGUGAGUUAGAAAAGAUGCAAAUUACAAAAGAUUGUAUUUUAUCUUCCAAGACAUUACAUUUGAAUGAUGAUAAAAAGUGUAAUAAAGAAUCUCCACCUCGAAGAAAACGUCCUGGUACUGUUGAUUCGGAGAAAAACGAUUGUCCGCCUUAUAAAGUUAUCGAAGGGACAACUUUUGCUGUGGAUGCUUUCAACUUCGGCCUUCUGAAAAACGUGACAACCUACUUCCUGACCCACUUUCAUACAGAUCACUAUGUUGGUCUAACGAAGAAAUUUUCAAUGCCAAUAUAUGCAUCCGAAACAACAAUUAACUUAAUACGAGGAUUUAUUGCCGUCGACGAAAAGCUACUACACAUCCUGUUUUUGAACACCCCACAUAAGAUCGAGGGCGUUUCCGUCACUGCCAUAGACGCAAACCAUUGCCCUGGUGCAAUUAUGCUUUUGUUUCAACUGCCUUGUGGAAAACGAAUUCUUCACACAGGAGAUUUUCGUUGGUCACAGAAAAUGGAACUUGAUAUAAAUUUAAACCUAAAGCAGAACCACAUAGACCUCUUAUAUUUGGACACGACACAUAUUUCAGACAGACACAAUAUUAAUUCUCAAGCCGAGUGUAUAUCGAAAGCCAUAAAUUGGGUUCGAGAAUUUAAACAGAGCAACGAAGGUAAAAAAAUUCUUUACGUGGUUUGCACUGAUGUUAUAGGAAAAGAAAACUUCUGGUUUUCAAUUGCCGAUGCUUUUGACUUAAAAAUAUGGUCAGAUGGUAAAAGGAAAAAAGCUUUAACACUAAUUGGAAACGAAAAGAUUCUUAAAAAACUUGUAUCGAAUGCUAAUGAGGCUGACAUGCAUGUUGUAUCUCACGCAGAUGCUGGUUUUAGGCACUUGGAUGAAUACUUUCAUAAAUUUAGUGAUACAUUCGAUAUGGUCCUUUCAAUUAAACCAAAAGGUACGGAUACUAUAGAUCCUAAGUAUGAUGGUCCAGUAAACUCUGUGUCAGUAAGGUACUCUGAACAUUCGACCCAUAAGGAGUUAAGAAAAUUUUUGAGUUUUUUAUUACCAAAGCGAGUAAUAAGUACUGUACCUCUGGGUAAGAAUAUAUUUCGAUGUCCAAAAAUACCAGUGUCGUGGCAUACAAAGGAAAUACUUGUGACUUAUACAAAACAAGUUUCAUUAUUAAAUUAUGUAAGCGUUAAGAAAAAGUAAAGAAGUUGUUAUUAUUUAUUAAAAUUUAAUUU